AGUACACAAAAUAAGAACUAAUAAUUUGUUUGUUUACUUAAUCAUCAAAGCAUAAGUAUACUUAGAUUGCUCGUUGUGACGGAGAACUCUGUCCUUCAGGCCAAUUUUAGCUAAUUAAUCAUCAAUGGUUGCGGUUAUAUUAUAUUUGGUGAUUAAUUACAUCAAACAUUCUUUCGAUCAAAUCGAUAGGAGAUUAAAAUCUCUAAUGAGGAUAUAUGAAUCCGAAUCUUACCAUUUACCUAGAAUAUGACUGUAGCACACUAAACCAAUAGUAGCUAGCUACUUGAGGAAUUUUGCAAAUACAAUUGCCAUGUCGCCACUUGCAUUACCGUACGGUUCUUUGUUUUUGGAUUUUGGCUUCUUUGAUAUCUCAAGAGUCACAACGAAUUCUAUGUCCCGUCAUCUUUAAUUACAUCAUCUUAAUCACUAAGAAUAUGAACUGUUUUGUUAUAGUAAACCCAACAUGCAAUUACAAAACUUUAACAAAUUAACAAAAACAACAUGCAAUAUAAUUACAAAACUGAUCGAGCGUGCAUGGAGUGUGAACAACUCUACUAUGGACGAUGUUUUAACUUAAUAAAAAAAAAAACAAAUUAAUUAUCUACUUUGAAUUUGUGUUUCUGUCUAGUUCUUGUCAUAAAUGGCGACGUAAAUCCCCCUGCGGCAAGAAAGUGAUGAUCGAAGAGAAUCAAUGCAAAGUUGACAUUCCCUUAACACGUAAUAUUGAUCCCCAAAUAUUGGAAUUUUUUCUCUUCACACAUCAUCAUGAUCACAAGUUACUAUAUGCAUAUCUUGAUCUCUAUUCUCUUCACUCUCUUACUCACAAUUUGUCAACUCUCCAGCAUCAUAUCAUCAGCUUCUCUUAUCCACAAUCCAUCUUCCCACAAAAUAAGAUUCUCCCUUUAGCGUUGCUCCGUCAUUAAUCCAAAGAUACCUCUAUUCAUAAAGAUUACAUGCGAGUAUGUGUAUAUAUAGAGUUCCAAGACUCACCUCUCCAAAACAAACUCAUCAAAACAAAAUUAAAUCUCCAACCACUUCAAAGAAAAGAAAUAUAUACAUACCAAAAGAGUAUUACUAUACAAAUGGAUGUGGUAGCAAGAUUAGCGUCGCAAAGAGCAGUGGUGAUAUUCAGCAAGAGUACGUGUUGCAUGUCUCAUGCAAUUAAACGGUUGUUUUACGAGCAAGGUGUGAGCCCGGCGAUUGUAGAGAUCGACCAAGACAUGUAUGGGAAAGAUAUCGAGUGGGCCUUGGCGCGAUUAGGCUGUAGCCCUACGGUUCCUGCGGUUUUUGUCGGAGGGAAAUUCGUAGGAACGGCCAAUACCGUCAUGACUCUUCACCUCAAUGGAUCGUUGAAAAUGUUGCUCAAGGAGGCUGGUGCUUUGUGGCUUUAGCACUCAUUUGAUCUUUACUUUGAGUCUUUGAAAGUCUCUUCACUUUAUGUACGUUUAAUUAAAGCAUAUGUGAAGAAGUACUACUUUGUAUUGAGAGUUAUUAAAUAUAUGUCUAUGUGGAGGUUGAUUUAAGGAUCAACUAUAACCCAUUAA